CCCCUUUUUUUUGGAUGACAAGAAAAAAAAUCCGAUAUUUGAACCGCAUAUGACUGAUUCAAACCGCCGGGAGUAAUGGCCUCCACAUACCGGGAUCGGACGGGUGAGUUCCGAUCACUCUCUCAGACCUUGAAGAAGAUCGGUGGGAUCACAGCAGUCGACCAUGCUGAUCAAGAUCCUGCUACGUCAACAAAGCCGUCGCGGCCGGUCUCUUCUGGAUCCGAAUUCAACCGAAAGGCUUCCCAGAUCGGGCUGGGAGUCCAAGAAACCGUUCAGAAGAUCGAUAGGCUUGCCAAACUAGCGAAAAAGUCAUCCAUGUUUGAUGAUCCAAUAGUUGAAAUACAGGAAUUGACUGUUUUGAUAAAGAAUGAUAUUACGGCGAUGAAUGUUGCUCUGUCAGAUUUGCAAACCCUUCAAAACAUGGAGAUUGUUGAUGGGAAUUAUUCAGAGGACAGAGUUGUUCAUUCAACAGCUGUUCUCGAUGACCUCAAAAGCAAACUAAUGGGAGCUACCAAAAAGCUUCAAGAUGUUUUAACCACAAGAACAGAGAAUAUCAUGGCCCAUGAGAACAGAAAACAGAUUUUUUCUACAAAAAAUUCAUUGCGAGAUAACCAAUUUCAGCACCAAGCAAAACCUACAACUGAUCCACUUCCAUGGUCAAGUUCAUCUAGUGCGCCUGAGAGUUUGCAGCCACUGCUUCCAGGAAAUGGGGUUCAGUUUGGCAACCAGCUGAGGCGUAGAUCUGGUGUGGACAAUGCUCCAUCCCAGCAUAUGGAAAUGUCCAUGUUACAACAGGUAGUACCGCGUCAGGAGACUUAUGCACAAAGCCGAGCAGUUGCUCUUCACAGUGUGGAAUCUACAAUUACAGAGCUCGGUGGAAUCUUUACGCAUUUAGCUACAAUGGUAGCACACCAAGGGGAACUAGCAAUCAGGAUUGAUGAUAACAUGGAUGAAUCACUGGCCAAUGUUGAAAGUGCUCGCAGUGCUCUGUUGAGACAUCUUAACAGAAUUUCAUCUAAUAGGUGGCUUUUAAUCAAGAUAUUUGCCAUUAUAAUCCUUUUUCUGAUGAUCUUCGUCUUCUUUGUGGCUUGAAUGACAUUACUGGAACGCAGUUCAAUUUGUUGCUGUGCAAACUACUUGGGUUUUCACUUUAAUGUGUAACCCAAAUACUGAAGAUUCAAGUAUUGAGACGAGAGGGAGAGAGAAGGGGGGGGGGUAGAGGUUGUGACAUGCUGGCAAGAACAAGCUGGGGUUCUUAUUCAGUAAAUUCAGUUAGCAUUUGGUUGUUGCCUAAUAUCCCAGAUGGGAAGUUCCAAGCUUAAAACUAGAACUGGAAAAGUAUACGUUGUUCUUUUUUUUGCUGUGAUCAUGUUGGUAUUUCUAAAUUUAUGCAUCAGUCUGAAUAAAUUAUUUCAAUUGUAAUACUGAUUUGUACAAAUUAAAGUCUUUCCAAAUAUCUUCAUCUAAAGGAAA